GCGAUAGACUGCUGGUCUACGGAGUACUGCAUUCUUGAUCCACCCUCGCUUCAUCUCUUAUCAUCAUCCCACCACAUGCAUCUAACGUUACCUAUACUUUCUCCUCACGCAAAAAUUUCCUCCGCAACGGCUCCAUAACUGCGGCGAGGCAAAACAUUCCUUUCGCCACGAGUUGGGAGGAAGCUCGUGCUCGUCUGCAUGGACAGGGAACAGCCCGUAACUGCUGCGUCGUGAGAAAACCGCGUGAUCCUACCACGGUCGGCCUCUCCUCACCAUUCUCGAAGCCUUAUCGGCGGCCCUGACGAUUUCCUCAUUUUCUGCUCCGCUCGCGUCACUCGUGAUCGGGAUGGCCCACCAGUAAACCAUCCCGUCUCCGCCCGGUGAAAGAGCUGGAUCUGGUCUUAUAUGCGCCUGCGGAGUGUUUGAUAAGCUCAUGAACUCGGAAGAUGUCGACAGCUGGUCAAGGGAAGCAACUUGCCCGCCAUAGCUCGAAUUUCUCAAAAGCUCGGCCGGCUCCUAUGCCAGCCUCUCCCUCGAGGACGUCUCACAGUGACCGAAGCACAGAGGAGAGCAACCCUCUCGCGAUAUCGGAUCGACCUCACACCACACGGCGGGCGCGAGCAAGCUCUACUUCUAGUCAACCUUCCGCCAGAACUCCCGCCAGAUCCUUCUACCACCGAUCCUUUCACGAAAAGCUAGAUCCUGCCCAAUACUCCUCUUCUGCCGAUCUACGGGACCAGACGGCCGAACUGGCUGCGAUUGCUGUCUCCGACAAUGUCUCGCACCUAGGCAGCUCUCCGCGCAGUGCCUCACCCACGUCUGACGAUGGUUAUCCGGACGCCAUCGAGGAAGUCUCCGAACCUGUAUCACCCCAAGGCUCUGAGGAAGAGGCUAUUGAUGACACUGUGCAGUCUGGGCUGUCCUUGAUGAUACAAAAUUAUACUGAGCAAGAGGAGGUACCACAGUCGAAUGGCAUACAAAGGAUCAGCAGUGAACGUCCCACAUCUUCAAGCAUGGCCAAAUCCUCGGUGCCAGAUGAGCAAACUGCUCUCCUGGGAGACCGUAAGAGCUCGGGGCAGUAUGGGCAGCUAGGUGAUGUCGAGGGACAGAUAUCGCACAGAGGGGGUCUAAGACAGACAUGGAGAGCCUCCGUUGGGCGAGCAAGGUCAUGCUGUUAUGUCCUGUCCCAUCCGAAGACGUGGAAUCCACGCACAAUCUAUCGAGAGGUUGUCGUCCACCCUGUCAGUCUCUUUCCAGCUGUCUUCCUUGGUCUACUCCUGAACAUCCUUGAUGCCCUAUCGUACGGCAUGAUUUUGUUUCCCCUGGGCAACGCGAUCUUCGACAAUCUGGGCUCUGAUGGCAUCGCCAUGUUUUAUGUCAGUACAAUCAUAUCCCAGGUGGUUUACUCUUCGGGUGGAUCGGUGUUUCGAGGAGGCAUUGGAUCAGAAAUGAUCGAGGUGGUCCCGUUCUUCCACAAGAUGGCUUUCACGAUCUUAAACAAAGUCGGCGAGGAUAACACCAAAUCCGUCCUGGCCACUACCAUACUAUCCUUCUCCAUCAGUGCUAUUCUUACGGGUGCUGUCUUCUUCCUUAUGGGAGCCUGCAGGCUGGGAUCUCUGAUUGGGUUCUUCCCGCGACAUAUCCUCAUAGGCUGCAUCGGUGGUGUCGGCUGGUUCCUCGUUGCAACUGGAGUCGAAGUCUCUGCUCGGCUUCCGGGAAACCUCGAGUAUAGCCUUGACACCCUCAAACAGCUGGUGCGAGCCGAUACCAUUCUACUAUGGGUCAUUCCAUUGUCACUUGCCAUCAUUCUCCUCGUUGUACAACGUUUCGUGAAAUCUAAUCUUUUGGUGGGUGGUUAUUUCCUGUCGGUGGCUGCGCUGUUCUACUUUUUCAAAUUUGCCUUGGGAAUUUCUAUGGGAACGUUACAUUCGAAGGGUUGGGUGUUUGACCCGCCGCCUGCUGGAAACCCGUGGUAUCACUUCUACACACUCUACGACUUCAAAGCUGUUCACUGGGGUGCGCUUGCAGACACCAUCCCCGCCAUGUUCGCCCUGACUUUCUUCGGGAUUCUGCAUGUACCCAUCAAUGUCCCGGCAUUGGGUAUUUCUACAGGUGAAGACAACCUCAACGUCGACAGGGAGCUUAUUGCACACGGCGUCUCGAAUUGUCUGAGUGGUCUGUUUGGCAGUGUUCAAAACUAUCUGGUCUACACCAACAGCUUGCUGUUCAUGGACAGUGGAGGUAGUGACCGUCUUGCCGGCCUGAUGCUGGCGGCUGGCACCUUUGGCAUUCUGUUGGCAGGACCAAUCGUCAUUGGCUACAUUCCUAUCAUGGUCGUUGGAGCCUUGAUUUUCCUUUUGGGCAUUGAACUACUCGAGGAGGCCCUUGUCGGAACCUGGGGCAAGGUACACAAGCUGGAGUACGCCACGAUUGUAAUCAUUGUUGUCACUAUGGGUGUCUGGGACUUCGUGAUUGGUAUUCUGGUCGGCAUUGUCCUUGCUGCUGUCAGUUUCGUGGUCCAAACAUCACGAAGGACUGCGAUCAGGGCAACUUACUCCGGCCAAGUCGCUAAGUCUCUGGUCAGAAGACCUCCUGUUCAGCUGAGAUUCUUGAAAGAGACGGGCCAGCAGAUCUUUCUCAUCAAGUUGGCCGGCUUUUUGUUCUUCGGCACCAUUGUGGGGGUGGAAAAUCGUAUUCGGGCACUUCUCGCAGACGACGCGUUUAGGGAUCGACCUCUACGGUUCCUUAUCCUGGACAUGGGACACAUCAACGGCAUUGACUUCUCGGCUGCCGAAGCUUUUACACGCAUCAACCGGUUGUUGCAGAAGCGCGACGUGAUGUUGAUUAUAAGUGGCUUGGACGUUGAGGGUGAGGUUGGACGAGCCCUUCAAAAUGUCGGGUUGUUCGCAGAAGAUUCAGAAGUGGAGAUUUUUGCAGAUCUCAAUGAUGCGCUCGUGCACUGCGAAAACGAACUGUUAACAGCACUGUACCGUCAACAGGAGCAUCGACGGACGAAACGUGCGGCAUCACACCUUGAUGUACCUCGAAAUCGAGCAAGCCAAGAACUCUCGCAGUCUUACAAGGCCGAGUUCAUGGGCAGCUCUCCUCGCCGAAAUCACCUUCAUCAAGUUGCACAGAACACCCUUGACGAAGAUACGUCGAGCGUGCCCAAGUGGCAAUCUUUCAAGCAGCCACUCCCUCUCUUACUCCAGAUCUUUGCAGAUGUUUCCGACAAGAACGAAGAUUUCUGGUACCGUGCAAUGGGCUAUUUUGAGAGGGUGUCCUACUCCAAAGGCUCGGUUCUUUUCCGUGUUGGUGACGAGGCCGACGCUUUUUACAUGCUUGAGGAAGGCUUGCUACGGGCGGACUACGAUUUGCCACAAGGGAAGUUCUCUGAAUUGAUUGUAGCCGGCCGACCUUGUGGUGAAUUACCAUUCUUCUCGCAAACAACACGCACAGCAACGACGGUGGCGGAGAAAGACUGUGUUACGUGGUUGUUAGACGAAAGGCGGUGGAAUGAAAUGCAAGCACAGCAUCCAGACGUCGCACAAGAAUUACUCGUAAUCAGCCUCAAGCUCACGAAAGAGAGGAUGGACGCGAUUACAUCCUACAUUUUGACCACAGCGGGAUAGAGAAAAUGGCAGUCAGGGCUGUUGUUGGUACCUUCUGCAAGUCUUGAAUACCCGUUUCUGAAGCUGAUGUAUAUAACGCAUGAAUCAAGGGUGGAUCAACUGCUACCUUGUCUGGUCGAUAAAGCAAGCAGGGCGUUGGAAAGGUAAUCCAAAAGUCGAGGGUUGGGCUCUCACUUGAGCAUAAUCUUCAAGAUACGCCAGAUGAUGAGUUAUUAGUACGUACUUCUAGUGUCGCAACGCGAGAAGGAUGAUGAACCUCGAGCCCGUUUUCUUGCCCUUGAACGAGAACAGAUUUUAUCACAUGUCUGACAGCUCGGGAGUUUCCUCGACAUGGCGCCAAGUGGAGGAAUAUGUGGAAUAUUCAAUUCUCCGCCAGGAACAUGACUUGCUUGACGGGUCCUUUUCCACUGGGCUUGGCCUGUUCCCUGGUACGAGUAGCAUACAGUCUUGUGUUGCGCUUGAUUGAGAAGUGAUUGUCCUACUCGUAAACCAGGUGAAGA